AUGCCGCCGCGAAAAAGUCACGUCCAGGAAAUCCGAGCUCGGCCUCUCCUUCACCUCCUUCACUACACAGCCACACCCCGGGAGGGUGUCGUAAAUCAUGAAUGCGAUCGUCGUACAGGGGCAGUUUCAGGCCGCCGGGAGGUACACCGGCUACCACUGCAGUACGGGGUUAAAUCAAUCCGUAUACGUCCAUGUCUGCUGCAGCAGGCCAAGGUGGAAAGUGGGUCGGAAGGGACCGUAAAAAUCGACCCUCGUGCGGCGGGAGUGGUUUUUUCGUUUUCUUCUUCUCGUCCUAAUUGGACGUCUCUGUUUCAACGAGAAGACCGUAACGGCGGCACGUACGAGCUACGUGACGACCGCAAUCCUGUGGCUAACGUGCCCGGCACGACAUACGGUUGUUUGUUGGAAAUUAUACUCUAG